GCGGUGGAGAUGAUCGAGCCGGAGCAGUGAGGGUUUGAUCGCAUCCAGCGGGGUCUGAGAGGCGGACGAUGCAGCAGAACUGUGCCUCCACGGUCCCGCAGGGUUUGUGUGCGGGAUUAACCGCUGCUACUUAGCCGCGUGUGUGUGUGUGUGUGUGCGUGCGCGCGUGUGCGUGCGCAGACGCAGGGCGCGCCGAGCCGCGUCAGGUGGAUGCGCCUGCAGUGAUCCAGGUCGCCCCUAUGGAUCGCGUCCAUGGAUGUCUUCAAACCCGCUUUGGACAAUAGUUUGAGUCCCAAGGCGCGCGUGUCCCCGUCGGAGGACGCGGAGGAGGCAGAUGUGUUCCGCUGGCCGACACCGCAGGAUGCUGUCAGCGCCGCGCCGCCGCCGCCGCCGCUGUGCCUCUGGACGGCCGUGUUCGACUACGAGGCGACGGCGGACGACGAGCUCAGCCUGCGCAGGGGCGACCUGGUGGAGGUCCUGUCCAAGGACUCGCUGGUGUCCGGCGACGAGGGCUGGUGGACCGGCAUGGUGGCGGACCGGGUCGGCAUUUUCCCGUCCAACUACGUGAGCGAAGGGAACGGCAUCCAGAAGGAGAUCCGGGACACCUCGGAGCAGCAGCGGCAGUACCCGCUGCCUCCUCUGCACCUCCUGGAGAUCGAGUUCUCCGAGUUGACCCUGGAGGAGAUCAUCGGCGUGGGCGGCUUUGGGAAGGUCUACCGCGCGGUGUGGCGCGGCUCGGAGGUGGCGGUGAAGGCGGCGCGCCGGGACCCCGACGAGGACGCGGAGCAAACCCUGGAGAGCGUGCGUCAGGAGGCCAAGCUCUUCGCCAUGCUCAACCAUCCCAACAUCAUGGCGCUGCUGGGCGUGUGUCUGCAGGAGCCCAACCUGUGUCUGGUCAUGGAGUACGCCCGCGGCGGCCCCCUGAACAGGGCGCUCGCAGGGAAACGCAUCCCCCCCUGCACGCUGGUGGACUGGGCCGUGCAGAUCGCACGGGGCAUGCACUACCUCCACAGCCAGGCCAUCGUCCCCAUUAUCCACCGGGACCUGAAGUCCAGCAACAUCCUAAUCCUCGAGAGGGUCGAGAUGGAAGACCUCAGCAACAAGACCCUGAAGAUCACCGACUUUGGCCUGGCCCGAGAGUGGCACCGCACCACCAAGAUGAGCGCCGCAGGCACCUACGCCUGGAUGGCUCCCGAAGUCAUCCGCUCGUCCACGUUCUCCAAGGGUAGCGACGUGUGGAGUUACGGCGUGCUGUUGUGGGAGCUGCUGACUGGAGAAGUUCCUUUCCGGGGCAUCGACGGUCUCGCGGUGGCUUAUGGAGUCGCGAUGAACAAACUGGCCCUGCCCAUCCCCUCCACGUGCCCGGAGCCCUUUGUACGUCUUAUGGAGGACUGCUGGAGCUCCGACUCUCACUCGCGGCCACAGUUCACAUCUGUGUUGGACCACCUGACGGCCAUAGAGGAGUCGGGCUUUUUCGAAAUGCCGGCCGAGUCGUUCCACUCGCUGCAGGACGACUGGAAGCUGGAGAUCCAGGAAAUGUUUGAUCAGCUGAGGACCAAGGAGAAGGAGCUGCGGUCGUGGGAGGAGGAGCUGACGCAAGCGGCGCUGCAGCAGAAGUGUCAGGAGGAGGCCCUGAGGAGGCGCGAGCAGGAGCUGGCCGAGCGGGAGAUCCACAUCCUGGAGCGGGAGCUCAACAUCAUCAUCCACCAGCUCUACCAGGAGAAGCCUCACGUGGAGAGCAGGCAGGGCAAGUUCCGCCGCAACCGCCUUAAACUCAAGGACGGGAACAGGAUCAGCUUACCCUCAGAUUUUCAGCACAAGAUCACGGUGCAGGCGUCUCCCUCCCACGAUCGGCGGAGGAGUUUGCUCAGCAGCAGCUCCAGUCCUCCGACCAGUCCGCCGAUCCUGCACCGGCUGAGAGCCAUCCAGCUCACUCCAGGAGAGGGCUGUACAGCCUGGGGCCGCAACACAGGAUUUCAGCAGGACGAUGAGGACGGUGAGAGGAAGGGGUCCAGGAAGAUCGGCAGGUCCCGUGGAUGUGGCCCACAGAGGGAGCACAGCGCUGACGCCAGUGUGAAGCCUCCCCACGAGGGCAGCAGGCAGCGGUCCUGCAGCGCCCCGAACCUCCGCAGAUCCCCGAGACACAGUCCAGCAGUGCCUGGAGUGCCAAGCCUUGUGGAGAUGGAAAACGAAGACUGCUGCUUCACUACUGAGCCAGGAGCUGCUCCUGGCCAGACCUACCUCUGCAUCCCCUUCCACAAGGAGGGCCACUCGGCCGCUGUCGCUGACAGCGACGGGGACGAGUACCUCCCCGGGGGCCAGGUGCCCGGGACGCCGCCGUGCAGGAGGAGCCCGGGAGGCGGCCGGCGCUCUGAGCUGGUGCUGCUGGGCUGCGGAGCUCUGCUGGCAGCCGUGGGACUGGGCUUCGACCUGCUGAACGUGGCCCAGCCAGAGGAGACGAUCAAACCACGGUGGGAGGGCUUCUUCCACAGAACGGGGGGCCAGAGGCGGAGCACCAGCCCCCCGACUCGCAGACUGUUCAGGCGGGAGAGCCCGCUGAAGCCCUCGGCGCCCUCACUACCUGAGCGAGGCUUGCCCUCUUCUUACACGCUGCUGUCCUUGUCGUCGGUGUCCGACUGCAACUCCACCCGCUCGCUGCUGCGCUCCGACAGCGAGGACCUGUUGGUCUACCGCCCCGCCUCGCCGCCCGCACAGCCCUCGCUCAGACUGCAAUAUCCGGCCAUCCAGACCCCGGUCAACCCGCUGGUCAACACCCACCUCGAGAGCUUCAAGCGCAACCCCCGCCAGUCUCUCACGCCCACGCACGUCCCCUGCGCCCCGAGCUCCACGCGUGCCCUGCGUCGGACGCCAUCCGACGGAGCCAUUAAGAAAAGCUGCCCUCCAAAUAAUCUGGAACCAUUGCCAGAAAAAACGGCAUUACAGAACACAGGCGGCUUCAGGGGUUUAAAGGAAGAUGGUCGCGAGGUCCCCCGACUCCCUGAUCCUAACGUUGUGUUCCCGCCGACACCCCGCCGCCGCUGUGCUCCCGAGCGCCCCAAAACCCUGGACUUCGUGGCUCGGCCUCGGCCGUCGCCGCGGGCGCGCUGUGAUACGCUCUGGGCGGAGGCGAGGCCCCGGGGCAAUGGCCAGAGCCUGGGUAACGGCGAGUCCCCCGCCCACACCUCCAGCACAGAGACUCCCCCCACCGUGGAGUUCGGCAGGGACCCGGCAGUGCUGCCCACCCCCAUGGAGGCCCCGACGCCCUACUCCCCCCGCAGGAAGGGAAACCUGUUGGAUCAGCAGGAUGACGGACAGUACAAAGAUGGAACCGCCCCACUCUGCAAACCGGAGAUCAGCUUCCCCAAAGACUCACCUUACCGCUACAGACCUGGAUUCUGGUCCUAACUGGGCCCCCGACCCCUCACUGGUCCAACGCGAGGAGAGGGGCUGUCGCUGCCCUUGGCCUCUGGAUUGUUAUCAGUCUGGGUCGAUUGAGUCCGUUUUUAGCUUUAACUGGUACUUGAUGGAGGUGGUUCACCUUUCUCUAUCUUUAAAUUUGGAAGUAAGAUUACUGAUAGACAUUUACUGUGAAUGUUUUAUCUUUCAGAUUUUUACUGUAUUACAAAUCUGGCAUCUAAAACGACUCAAACAAACCACGGAAAGUGUGUUUGAAAAGAUAGCUGACCCAGGUCUGGUUGUUUAUGCAUUAGAAAGGGCAGAAUAACCAUUUUUUUCGUAACGCCGUCAUUUGUCAUUCGAGACGUGAGCGAUUUUUUUUUUCUCUCUUGGAAUGGCUUUGUAGCAGAAUGAUAUCGACAAGUUUCACAAAGCUUUACGUACGUUCCUUAAUUUUAAACUUGCGUUGAAGAUUGUGCAUUUGAUGAAGUGCACUUUUGGAAAAAGCAUCAUGAAUGUAAAGCUUCACACUCUUAAUUUGUCUUACAAAUUGAUUAUUUGUAACUUGUCUGUGAACGCAUCGUGUUAUUUGAUUCAGCCUCUACCUUCUGCGCUAGUCACUGAUGAAUUCCUGUUUUUAACCGAGCACCUGUCAUCACCAGUCACUCUGACAAGAGUUACAUCCCAGGGAUGUGGGAUGUGGGAUGCCGUUGUACAAUAUGAGCACUUCUUUGCAUUAGCAACCGUGUCGGUGCAAUUAUAUCUGACAUUGUCUUGAGCUCUGUACUGUGAUCUGUACUAUAAAAAAAGAAUGAAAAAGAAUGUCACUAAAGCUUGGGUUUGAAUCGGAAGUCACAAUACAUCAUUUUAUCAAAGAACUCAUUAAUGCUGUUUGUGGCCCUGUGCGAGAAGCUUGUUUAGGGCCCGAGCCACCAUUUGAGAAACCUUUCUCCAAACUUAAAAAAAGAACAGAAAAAGGGAACGUUGUAUUAGCGACUCUGUAAAUCGUCUGCCUCAUAAAUUGUUGAUCAAGAUCGGCUGAGGGAUGUAAAGUAUGUUUUAGGUUAUGUAAGCUGCAUGAGUGUUGAAUGGCACAUGGGAGAUACAGGCCCUGGUGGCUCGUGGAAGUUCUGAUUAUUUAUUUAUUUAUAUUUUGUAUUGAUUUGUUCAAUUUUAUUUAUUGAUUUAUUUAUCUGAUGGUUUAUUUUUAUAUCUCAUUUUAUUUGCCUUGAUUUUUGGACACUCGUUAAUGUUGAUCUUGAAUGUUUUCACUGUAGCACUAAGUAGCUUUGAUGCCCUCAGCCACAUUUUGUUUGCUUUAUAUUCAUUUUUAUGUUUCGCUGCAUAUUUCAUCUUCUGGGUUUUUACUUCUGCGAGGUUGCAAGUAGUUUCUCUGGAGAACUAGAGCUGAAAUGAUCUAUAAGUUGAUUAAUGAAGUCCUUUUUUUUAAGUAAAAAUGCCAAACAUUCCCUAGUCUGAGCUUCUCAAUUUUGAGAAUGUGCAGCGUAUCAUGAUUUUAUUUGACACUUUAUUGAAUAGUAAAGUCUCCGAAAAGGUAUUUUAUUGAGAUAAAUGGAUGCAAACUGGGUUUUGUUUUGUUUUGUCAUUUUACUCGACUGUCUGGAUCAGACAGGAGAUGAAUAUUGUUUUCAAAUAUUUUCAAUGUUUAUUUGAACCUGCCAGACUGAAAUUCAUGGGGGCCGUAGGGAAAGAGGUGGUUAGCCCUUCUUAAUAACCGUCAAGCUUGCAGGUAAAAGAGCCUGUUUGAAAAUAAUAGAACAGAAACACUGUCUGAGUCUGCUCUUAAUGCCUGUUUCUCUCAUUUUAUUCUCAAAUGUCAAGUGACCUCUCAGCCUGAAGGACUUGAUCUGUCUUUAUCCUGAGUACGUGACCCGAUGAUGAACAUGUAAAUGUGAAUGCUUUUUCUCUGAGGAUGUGCAGAAUGUGAUUGUGCUCAACACAGUAUUUCAACUGAGGGUGUUAGUUGAAACAAAGGUGUCGCCAUGGUGUCAUUAUCUGUCUGAAAUGUAACCACGAAUAAGCUGAUCUCACUGAUGGACAUUGUUCAGGUUGGAAAUAACACUGUUAUCGACUUGACGUGUAUUUGCACUGGAACACACUGAUUUGAGUAAAAUCGUAGCAAACAA